ACCGUAUCUCAAGUAGAAGUGGAUGACGUUGGGACCAUUUAUGUCAGUCGUUCAUGUAUUAUUCGAUCAUUUUAGGCACGAACGAGCAGCGUGCACUGUAACGUUUCAUUCGCAAAAAUUCAGUUUUAUCCUCGACGAAGUCGAGUCAAAUAAUAUUGAUAUAUUAUAAUUCUCUGAGUGACUUUCAUUUGCCGCGGCAUUACAAAGUAAUUUUGGAACCGCACGCGCGCGCUCACGACAAAAUGAUCAGCAGCGUCUCGAGUUUUCAAUGUUGCACCAACACGGAAGUGUACACGAAAAAUAUCGCGCACAGGAAUUCGAUUGACACCGCCAGUGAUACCGUCGGCAAAGUGCCCCUAACGAGAAAACCAGGUUUCCUUGAAUUUGAAACCGAAGUCAUAUGGUUUCUCGCCGUACUGAUGUUUGUGUUGUAUGCCGUCGGUAUUUACGGUAUACUGACUUUCGACUACUUUGAGAACCUGAAAAGUACAUUGUGGAUACUCGGCAUGCAUGUGCUAGCUGUUUUCGGCGUGUCCGGCGGCGCACAUCGACUUUGGAGUCAUAAGUCCUACAAAGCUAAGCUACCACUGAGAAUUUUGCUGGCAUUAUUAUACACUGCAGCCGGACAGAACUCGAUAUACAAAUGGGUGAAGAAUCACCGUUUGCAUCACAAAUAUUGCGACACCGACGCCGAUCCUCACAACCAUAACCGUGGUUUCUUCUUCUCGCAUGUCGGGUGGAUAAUGAUGAAGGAGCAUCCAAAACUGCUCGAGAAAAGCAAGAAGCUCGAUCUCUCGGAUAUGCUUUCGGAUCCUGUCGUAGUAUUUAGCGAGAAAUAUUUCUUGCUGCUGCAACUCAUAUUCGGCUUCAUCCUGCCUACGAUCGUACCCGUGUACUUCUGGAAUGAAACGUGGAACAGGGCUAUCAUCUCUCAGGUGUUUAUACGGUACAUGAUUACUCUAAACAGCGUAGCGAUUGUCAACAGCAUAUCCCACGCAUGGGGUUACAGGCCGUACAACAGGCAUAUAAGGCCGGCGGACAACAAAUUGAUCAGCGCGCUGACAUUCGGGGAAGGACAACACAAUUACCACCACGUCUUCCCUUGGGAUUACAGAUCGGGAGAGAUAGAUACCAGCGCGGUAAACUACACUACGCACUUCAUCGAUAUGUUCGUGAAAUUGGGACUGGCGUACGAUCUCAAGUUCCCGUCUAUGGAUUUGAUCAAGAAAGUCGCGAUGAGCAGAGGCGACGGCAGCUACCCUCUAAAUUACGAAGUCCCGUUAUCGGAGAAUAUCUAGAAUAUGCAGGAAGCUAAAUCUGGCGAAUACGGAGGGUGAUGGAGCGCUAUGAUUUUCUUGGCCAAAAAGUCGCAUACAAUUUUUUUAUUUGGGCAUAUUAUCAUCCAGCAACGGUCAAGACUCUUGUUCUCAGUAUUCUGCUGGAACUCGACGAAUCCUGUUUCAUAAACAACUGAGAACACCGAUCGAAGAAUUUCAGUAAUUCUUUUUAUGUAUUCGUGAGUGAGACUUAAUUUUAGCCGCUCCAGGCUCGUUUUUGAUACUUUCCCUGUCAUCACAAAAUAGCCUAAACUACUUAAAAACAUUAGUACGAUUCAUAGCUUUACUAUCAUAGACACUUUGGAUCAUUUUUCAUUUUAUUUUUUAUUCGUUUCCGCGACAGUUUUGUCCAAUUUAAAACAAAGUUUAAUAUUAAACUCGUUGCCCCAUGACGUUUUUCCAACAAGCGCACAAAAGGUACUGUCAGAUUGAUCCCCAAAAUUUAUGACACAGAUGUUCGCUCGAUAUAACAUUUUUAGGUUUAUUACUUGAAGGUUCAAGCUUCAAAAUAAAUAUAUUCAUUCAUAGAUGGUGUUCCAAAAGAGAAGAAUCUAGUUACUCACAUUUACUUUUAUGACAUACUGUGUAUAACUAGAAUAUUGAGUAGAUCAGUGUGCAGGGGACGGGAAGCAGAUAUCUAUACAAAUACACAUACAUCUGAAUUACAAUCAGAAGUUAUCGUUGCUCAACUGAAAAAUAUGAUAUAUUGGCGAUAUUUUCAAGUAUAUAAACUGUUUUCCAGCAAGGACACGUUAAAUUAUAUAAGGCCAUUUUAUUGAUUACAUAUGAUUCAUAAUUUUAUUAGCUACUGCAUUAUUUAACAUCUAAGAUGAUAUAAUUUAUUAUCCUGCAUUGCACGUGUCAUGUGAUUUAACUUCUCAUCUAGCAUUAAAUCACGCCAUAAAAAUAACACCAGUUCUAUUAUCGAAAAUCAGCAUACUGGCACGUAUAACACAUACAAAAUUGCCGGUUUCGCAGCAAGCAUGUUAGCUUAUAUCGUGGCUCGCAUGCGAUUUAACACGAAAAGCACACGAUAUGCUGUAGUCUUUAUCUUACAUUGCUAGUAAUAAUCUUGAUUAGUUAUUUACAAUUUUUAUGUUAUACGGAGAAAUGGGAAUUUUACAUAUAAAGUGCCAAAAUAGUUACCGACGAUCCGUACUAUGAUAAAAUUAAAUUAAUUGUAAUCAAAUAUUAUUAUAGUAUUAUAAAGAUAAUAAAUACAGUUGUAGUAAAA